GGUUCUUACGAAGGCGAUGGGUCUGCCAGAGGGCGGCGAUGCGCCAGUUUCCAGCGGCAUGAGCGUCGCCAGCGGUGUCAGCGCUCUGACAUUGGCGGCUCCAGUCGGCAGCAGUCGAACGCAUAAGCGAGGUGCUCAGCAGAGGCUGCAGGACGUGGCGAUUCGCCAGGCGAAGGCUGCCCGCCAGGCGCGCACCGUCUGUGGUAUCCACGGUUGCAACAAGCGCCUCAACGCUUCCGACAAGAGGAGUGCGGUUAUCUUGUGCGUUGACCACUUCCAGACCUACACCCUUGGCUACAUGUACUUGAAUGACGAGACCGUGUGCCAGAUGACCGAGAGCGACCACGCCUUCAGGUCGUGCUUCGAGACGGCGCACCAGGAGAGGAUGAAUAAUCAGAUCGAGCCCCCCAAGUGCAGCACCGACGUCGAUGUUGUCACCUCGCAGCGUGCGACCUGCGAGAGGCGGGUGGGCUUUUGGACGAGAAGCGACAUCUGGGAGAAGCUGGGUUACAUGCCUGAGCAGCUCAGCCACAAGUGCCAGAAGCUAUGGAACGAGAAAGGUGAGGAAGUCUUGGGCGUGCUGACGGACGAGACAGAAGGCGCCCCCCGUGUAUUCGUCCUCUCGUGUUCGAAGGCCGUCCAGAAGCAGGAGACGAAGUCCUCGGCCUCCGCCACCAUCCACGCCGACCAGCCCGCGAAGGUCUACGAGCACUCGGUAGGUUCCUUGAGGUCCGAAUGGGCGCCGAGCGGUGCCCCGAUCAUCUCGAUGAAGGUCCUCGUCGAGCGGGCCGUCAAGAAGAGGGAUGCCGACAAGAGGAAGGGCAUUCCCGCGAUGAAGGUCUUGAGGGCGCGCCUGCGGAUGACGAUGAUCCGAGCGGAGAUCCUGCCGCAGCACUGCCUUCGGCUUCCGACUAGCGUGGGCGACGCGGACGGUCUUGCUGCUGAGGUCGCCGAGCUCGCGCAGACAGACCCCGUCAAGGCAAAGUGGCAGCUCCAGAUCGCCAAGGUGAGCCAUUCGCAGGCUCUCAUGGGAGCGGCCCUUGGCAGACAGCGGAGCACGCUGAAGGGCUACGCGGCCGAGGCGGAGUCAAUGGGCCGCUCUGAAGGGGCCUCCAUGAGGGAGCACGUCGAGCUCAAUGCCAAGGCCGAGGCACUCGUGUCGGAGAACGGAUGGUUCAGCCUGCCGAGGUCCGAGCUCUGUGAGAUCUUGCAGAGCCUCAAGGACAAGGGCGUCGACUUCCCCACCAAAGCCAAGAACGAUUGCACUGCUAGGGCGCUCCAGGACUGGUCGCAGAGCACGGAUGGUCUUGAGGAGAAGGUCGCCGAGCUCAUCGACAUCGUCCAGGCUUGGCCCCAGAGCUCCGAUUGUGAGAACACGUUUGAUCCAUUGAAACCCCGUCUCCGCCACAUCGAAGGCUCCCCGAAGGACUUGAUGACCACGAUGUACGACAAUUUGUUGAGGAAGGUUGUCAUCCCGCUCAUCAAGGACGGUGCCAAAGGGUUCGACGCUGUGAUGCGCGUGAUCAAGACCGUCAUCGGCCUGGUCACGGUUGCCUCCGAUGACGAGAACCUCAACUUCGAGCCGUACGAGGACGCCGCGGACGAGAUGUGCUCGAUGCUCCGCGGCAUCGCCAUGAUCAUCCAGCCCGACGUUGCUGAGCAGAGGAGGAUAUUGGCCACCAAUCGUGACUUCGAUCGGGUCCAGUCGGUCUCUGCGAACAUGGGUGCAGGUGACAUCAACAUCAUAGCAACCUUGAAGCAGAGCAGCCACUAUAAAGGCAUGCUCGCUGAAUACAUUCGGUGCCGUCCCCACUAUGAAGACAUCAUGCCUCGCUUGCUAGACGUCGAGAAGAAGCUUUCUGUGAUCAAUGGUGUCGGCAACUUUCAGGAGAUGUUCGGGAUCCUGAAGCUUGGGUGGCAGGUGAAGCUGGGCGCGGAGGGCAAGGUGCGGGCUGCCCAGAUGCAGCAUGUGUCUCACAGCCUCGAGGCGUGCACCUUGGACGUUCUGAAGAAGGUUGCGGACAAGAUCGAGGAGCAGGUCUUUGACGAGGCGGACGCCACCGGCCUCAAGGAGCUGAUCGACACGUGCGAGACUGUGAAGUUGGAGUUCCCGUGCGCCCACCAGCUCAAGUCGUACGUGAUCGCAUUGGGACAGAAGCAGACUGUCUCUGGCCACGUGAAGUCGUUCGUGGAGGCCCUGACGUCUUACCAACACGCAGCCACGCGGGAGAACCGUCUGGCGGCAGCGCGCAGCAUCAUGGGGAUGACUACCACCUACAAGGACUUCGGCGUGCGUGAAAAGAACUCUGAGCUCGAGGACGCGAUCUAUGGAUAUGUGACACAGGCGCUCGCCCACCUUGGCAAGGGCGAGGACACCCAUCUGAUAGAAGCCACCUGCAACUUCAUGAUGACUCAGUGCCAGGUCUGCUCUGGCCUGAUCGGGAUCAUCACGGACCUCUCCACGGAAGGGAAGAAGAACAAGAUGGCUGUGGAGGCCUUGGCCAAUUUGCAUUGGGAGCUCGCGAGCAUCUACAACUACAUGGCCUCAGGCAACGACAUGCCGAGCCGCGCGGCCAACGACAACGCCUCCGAGGGCCUGAAGCGCUUCGUGAUGGGGAGGGCUGCCAUGAGUCAG